GAUGUAUGGGUGAUAUACUGCAGCGGGUGUCAGGGUGAGGGACGGCCAUAUUUGCCGGUGCGGCCCGAGCCGUCAACAACAAAAAGUGCGCGGGAGCUCGGCGGGCGCACGGACGGGCGCACGGACGCCGGGGCCGCCUCGCCGCCGCCCGGCCUCGCCGCCGCCGCCGCCCUCGCGGGCCUGGCCCCGCUGCGCCCCGGCGCGCCCCGCCGCUCGGGGGGAUGUCUUACAAACCGAACUUGACCGCGCACAUGCCCGCCGCCUCCCUCAACGCCGCUGGGAGCGUCCACCCGCCCUCCACUAGUAUGGCAACAUCCUCACAGUACCGCCAGCUGUUGAGUGACUACGGGCCACCAUCUCUAGGCUACACCCAGGGAACGGGGAAUAGCCAGGUGCCCCAAAGCAAAUAUGCUGAGCUGCUGGCCAUCAUUGAAGAGUUGGGGAAAGAGAUCAGACCCACCUACGCAGGGAGCAAGAGCGCGAUGGAGAGACUAAAACGCGGCAUCAUCCACGCGAGAGGACUGGUUCGGGAGUGCUUGGCUGAAACGGAACGGAAUGCCAGAUCCUAGCCGCCUUGUUAGAGUGGAAGGUUUUCCAUCUUCUUCCAAGACAAGAAGUUACAAUUCAUCUCCCCUGUUCAGAUGAAACUCUUGUUUUCAAAAUGGUAACAGUUUGGUUUCUCUUCCUCGAACCCCUCCCAGGGUUCACCAGGCUCUGAACCUACGGUCUUUAAGUUUGAGAAAAGAUUUUGCAGUUGACUAGGAUUUACAUUUUAGU